UGGUCCCAAACAGCUUUUGGUUUGAUGCAUAAGGUACUUGUUACUAAUUAAAGUUAAUCUUCUUCAGUAGUGAUGACAGCUUUAUCCAGCUUGCUCAAUGUCCAUUCCAAAUUAACAUGGUCAAAGUAUUACUGUACACUCAAAGAAAUCCAAACUGUCUCAUCCUUUAUUUCUCUACAUGGAUAUGUACACUGCCCGUCGUGCGGAAACCACUUAGAUAAUGUUCAGUUCUUAAGACAUAUCUCAGCACAUUUGCUGGUGAAUGAACUCGAACUUGGUUCAUUAAUGUCUUUCAAAUUCUGCACAGAGUGCCUGUCCGUGCCGGAUGGAAUCAGUAUGACCUUACACAAUUGGAUCCAUCGGCAUGUAGAACAACACACACCCCUCGCACUAAUGGAUGGUUGUUUUGUGUGUCCUAUUUGUGAGAGCAACUUUGUAUCACUUAUAAAAUUUGCUGUACAUUUAUACGAAAGACAUGUGUAUUUAGACUCGCCUUACGUGUGCACAAUAUGUUACGGAUUCAGAUCAUCUUUUUAUUGUGAAUUGAUAUCCCACUUCCAAGAUUGCCACCAUAAAACAAAUCACAUAUUCUGUCCGUAUUGUCUAAAACAUUUCGAAUUGUCUAUUUUGUGGAGUAUAAAUUUAGGACUACAUAUAUUCGAUGCACAGGCGUUUUACACCCACGUCCAGCAACAUUGGGAGCAAACGACAUAUCGAUGUACCUCAUGUCGUCUCGAUUUUAUACAUAAAAAGGAUCUUCAGUGGCACGAGUAUUUACACCAUUCUGGUCAUCCUUUAUCAAGGCCUAGUUACCGAAGUAACGCUUGUGAACAUUCGUCUCAUCUAACCGAAGAUCAACUGUCUCUUUCCUAUUCAAAUCAACUAGUUGCACACACACCACGCACACGACUAAAGUGUUUAGAAUGUGGAGAGCAGGUGCGUCACCCUGUACAUAAACAUUUCAACAUGACACUGCGCUGUGCUAGAUGCAGAUACACUACAUCAUGUAUUGUCGCAGCUAAUUGGCACUGGAGUAAAGUUCAUUGUGCACCGCCCAUACAACAGUCAUCUGAUUCUAAUGAUACUCAACCGUGGCACAAGUACAUCAACACUAACGCACAGCACGAAGCAGUCCCACCCAGCACUGUCAACGCAUCCCUUUACGAUCCAUGUUGCUCAUCAACUACUCAUACAAAGCGGUGCAGAAACGAACACGUCCCUGCAGGGUUAUUUGUAAGAGGAUACUUAAGAUGUAACUGUGGCUUCCGUACGAUGGUCUACGACUUAAUGGCCCGUCACUUAGCAACGAAGGGAGACGCGCAUAAUUUCGCAAAGUUUGUAUACAGGCCUCGGCCGUCAUCGUUCUUAAUAGUCGCUCGUCCUGCGAGAGCGCUACGCACUUCCCUGUGGUGGCAAAAAAGAAUAGCACGGGCACCCCACUUUUUGAACUCUGUUGGACUAUCCCAAUAAAAAAUAUAGACGAACCUGGUGACUAUUUUUGCUGCAAAUUUUUUGGUUGUCUUGGUGUUGGCACUUGAAAUUGUUUUGUAAUGUUUGGUAUGCUCAGUGUACAUUAACAGUAUAUUUAGGUGCUGUUCGUGACUAUUUGGAUCAGUCAGUCUAAACACAAAUACUUGGAUAAAGUAGGCGCUCUUUGCAAGAUGAACCCCGGCUGCUGGUGAUUUAACGCAGCCAGAUCUGCCCAUUUUCUACGCAUGAAAUCUAACAUGCACUCGCACUUAAAUUGAGCAAUACCAAACGACAAAUAAUAAGGUAAAGUCAGCCCCGUGGCCACAUCUACAUACAUAGUGUCAAUACUACCCCAUCACGCAAACUGAUGUUGAUUAUCUGCUUAAGUAGCGUUACCUCUUAUAAAAAUUCCAUCACCACUGCACUGCUAUAAAUCAAAUCAUAAUCCGCCUUGUAUACCAUGCUAAUAAUCACGACCUUUUGUUUGACAUUUUCAUAGUGAUCACGAUAUAACAUUGCUCUUAAGUAAAUAAAUAGUUGUCAAGAUAUGCUUAUUUAAUGUAACACCUUUAAGGUUACAGAAGGGCAAUAGUAGGUCUUAUUUUCCCAAAAGACGAUGUUUAAUGACCACCAUUUUUCUGACUGACCAUCCUAAAUAGACAAACUACAUGUCUUUCUUAACGUAUUUAGUGGAUAAUUAUGUAAGUUCAGGCGUUAACUGCAAAGAUUAAGUAUUUUCUUUUGGCAUAAACUUCCCGUUUAC